AUGUGGCGUCGUCUUUCGACUUGUGGGUUGUUGGCGUGUGUUUUUUCUCAGCAACGUGGAGCGGCGAGACGUGUACCUCCACCGCUGCCCAAUGCACGUGGUACACCACCGCGAGUGGGUGCGGGAGGAUUGGGGAAAUUGCCUCCACCCCCGCCGCUUCCUGGUGCGGUGGUGACGGUUUCGGGUGGUGCGUUGCCGUGGAAGUCACCGCAGGAGGUUCUCUCCGCACUGAUAGAAUUUAUUCCUACAUUUUACGUACCUAUUCACUGCGUGGCGGCAAUAUUGUCGGAGGAGUGUCGCCGACACUUCAUUGGCCGUGGUCGCUUUCUCUCCUUCUUGAAGCGCUACCGUUUCUUCUUUGACUUGCGCAUUAUUGAUGGGGUGCGAUGUGAUGUGAAGUUGCGUGAUGACCUUAGUCACCCCCGCCGCGGCGCUGCGGAUGAAAAGUUUGUCAUGACGGACGUUGGCGAUGUCAUCACGUACGUGGCGAACCCGGAGUUUAUUGUCUCCGUCGAGUCGAUUGAGCAGUCGUGCGGCAGUGUGGCGCUGAAGCCGGUGUGUGCGCCGCCGGCGGUGCAUGUGCGGCUGGAGGAGCGGGUGCCGGUGCUGGAGCGGCUGAAGGCCCUCGUGCCGCCCGACUUUGCGCUGCUCGACCACGUCGAGGAGACGGUGCCGGAGGACGUCCUCUUCCACCCGUACUUCGACUCGCAGGGCGGACUCGCGGCCAUCGCCUCGAAGUUCCCGGAGUUCUUUCAGGUCGUGGAGGGAAUGAUACGGCGGCGGCCACCGCAUCUCGCCCCACUCGCCCUCAACGACUACACUUUGGAGAACUCCCCGCUGCCAGAGGUGGCAGAGCUGGUGCGGAAGGAGGUCUGCUGCAGCGAUAUUCCACAGUGGGUCAAUAUCACAUCCAUCUAUGAACAACUCACAAGACAACAGAAACAACAGAUUAAGAAGGAAUUUAAGAGUUUCGCCGGGUUCCUGCGGGCACAUGGACGUGCGGUCUCCCUUUCACAGGAUAUGUUGCAGGUGGCACGGUGGAUUCCACAACAAAGCAAGACAUCAUCCUCAACCUCAUCAACUUCAACAUCAUCAUCAUCAUCAUCAUCAUCAUCCAAUGUAUCAGGGGAUGUACCUGAUAAUCUAGAAGGUGGAUCUUCUACUGAAGGGAGUAGUAAUACCGUUACGGAUAAAGUAUCAACACCUGCUGUACGUAUACAGUAUGAAUAUACACAUAUACAUAUCGUAAAUGAAUUAUUUGAUAAAUUUCCACCAAAUCGUACACUUAAUCUGGAGGAAUUUUUGGCUCUUGUGACACCAGAAAUGCUACCUUCCUUACCAAAGAAGGUACUGCCUUGGAUUUCUUCGUACCCAUCAUAUUUUGUUGUAGAUGAUCCUAUGGAGAAGGAUCCCAAAAAGGCUCGUAUACGACGUGCUUCUGACCGUCAACCACUAGAUAUAGCGUUAGAGUUGUACCAAUGUAUUCCAGAGGAAGGUAUUACAGAAACGGAACUCCUCUUAAAACUACCUGAGGUACAUCGAGAGUAUGUGAAACGAAUAGGUCUACAACAUAUUGUGAAUUCUCUUCCUGAAUGGCUCGCUCUCUCUGAAACUAAAGAUGGAGUAGUGGGAGGAAAGAAGCAAUUACUGCUAAAGCGACUACAGACAGAGGUGGAUUUAGAACGUGCGAUUCACUCGGAAGAGUCUAAAUUGUCUAGUAGUGAUGAUAAGGUUUUGCCGACAGAACUAAAAGGGGAGGAUAUAGAGCGACGUUGGCCCAAACUAAAGUAUGAAGGUACUAUGAGUCAACAACAACAACAGGAUAGGCAAAGACAAAAGCAACAUCAACAACGACAAGGGGUACGAUCACCUCAACGCUGGGGAGGAAAUAAUUUCUAG